GACGGAUGAAAUAGACUGGUCAAGGUAUAAUGUUGAAAAAGGGGUUGUGCUUGUUUUCUUUUGCCAGAGAACUUGAAAAGAAGAGGCUGUCAAAAUGCGUGAGACUGGCGGCGCAUCUGUUGCUCCCAAGAAGGGUCUGACACUCCGUGACCUCAUUGCGGCCAUCGACCGACAUGAAAGGAAUCUGAGCAACAUCCAAAAGAUCGAUACUUUCCAUUUAUGUGGGGAGAGAGUCUCAGAAUGUCUAGAGAGGGUGGAACAAGCUUUGGUUGGGCUGUCGGAUGUUGUAAAGUUCCAACGCAUCCUUCAGUAUGUCCUCCACAGCUACCAUCAGGAGGUGAAGAAAGUCAUAGAUGCGGCUCACGGUAGCUGGGAGAGGUUCAAGGAGGGGAUGCAGAGGAAGUACCGCUUGGGAGACGGGCUAUUGACUAUAGCAGACCUUGAGGCGAUGAACAAAGAGGAUUUUACGACUAUAGGGGUUUUUGUUCAAGAAUUUCAUAAGAGAGCGCGAAAGGUCCAUGGGAUUUCGGAGGAAGGACAAUGCACCAUCUUCCUGGGGCUACUCACGGCAUCGAAGGCCGUCGAGUUGACGAGGCAUGGAGGAGGUAGCACUAACCUCACCUGCGCCACCAUUGACAGAGGGGUGGAAGUUGGGUGUUUGGACCACGUGGAGCAACGUCAGGUACGCCUGCAAAGGCAGAAGAGAAAGGAAAGAGAUGCGACUGCUUCUGGUACCCCGGGGGUAACAAAGAUUGUUACAGACGUGUUGGCACAGCUAGGGUAUGCGACAGAGCCGGUGGUGCAAAGGAGGGUGAUGAUGGCUGUCAAAGUGAAAGGAAAGGAGCCGAUGAUAGAGAAGGUUGUUCAGGAAGAGCUCUGGGAAGAGGAAGAGCUGGUGCCUCAGCACCUGACGAAGGUCCAGCGCAAAGUGCGUGAUUUGGCGCAGGGCAGACAGGGAUCAAGAAAAGUGCAGGCGCCUCAGGCCCAGGCAGCAGCCAUUUUAAAUGUGGCGGCUCCAUCAUCUAGUACGGGCCCCUCGCAAGUGUUGAAGGAGGUGGAAACUAGGGGCAUAACAAUCAAGGCAACGGAGGGAGGGGUGGAGGAAGGGGGCGAGGCAGGAAUGGCGGCGGAAAAGGAAGGCAAUGGAAUGGUCAAGGUCAGGGGUACCAAGGUCAAGGGAAUCAAGGCCAAGGGUACCAAGGCCGAGGGAGUCAAGGCCAGGGGUACCAAGGCCAAGGGAGUCAAGGCCAGGGGUACCAAGGACGAGGGAGUCAAGGCCAGGGGUAUCAAGGCCAGGGGGAUCAGGGAAGUUAGGGGGGAAGACGAGAGAAGCGGACUGAUUUCCUCCACUAUGGAUGAGAAUAUCUACGAUCAGUUUGGGGAGGCAAUUGACAGAAGGCUUGGAGGAGUGAGGGUUGAAGCCCAACGAAGAGCGGCAACUGGGCCGCCACCCCCUGCCAUGUUCAGGCUAUGGCAGGAAAAGGAGGAACCACCGAUUGGGGUAGAGGAAGUGGGGAGCGAUGAGGAAGUGGCUCAAGGGCAACGAGGAGGAAGUAAGACGGAAGAGCCCAUAAUCAUCGAGUCAGAUGACGAGGAUGAGGAAGAAAGAAUGAAACCUCCGUCCGUCUUAUUUGGGAAGAUGGAGGACCUGCUGGAUAAGAUGGGAAGGUACCAACAGAAGUUGGCGGGCCUCUGUGAGGAAGUGAAGGGAUGGAGGUCUAACAUCCCCAAAGUGUUCCUCUAUGACUCCGGGCGACCCGGAGUAAAUGUGGUGGGGUCGUGCCCACAAUCGGGAAUGAUGGGGAGACCCCUCACUCCGCAGGCCCGGUUGGCAGAGACAACGCGAUCGAGGAAUCAAGCCAAGGCCAGUGCCAGCCAAGAGCCUCCAAGGAGGGAAACCGAACCAGGGAGAAGGAAAGAGGUUGUGGAAGUAGAGGACGACGAUGAUGAAGAGGAAGAGGACGAGAGGCUGUGCACAGAAGAGGAUCAGAGAACGGAGCAGCGGGCGAGAAAAAAGGGAACCAGGGGAGAGGCCGAGUCAGUCAUACGUGAUGGACCACCCAAUAAGAAGAAAUACGUGGUUCGGUUGGAAGAGGGAUUUGACGUAGAGAGAGWRAUUGACAGGCUGCUGAAAGGGCAUAAUGACCUCAURACCCUGAAGGAAAUCCUASCGUCAGCCCCRCGACUCCGCGAUGAACUGAAGGGGAGAUUGUCGMGGCGCCUGGUACCCAAUGUCCAUCUGGGUAUGAUUCWGCCCAAGGAGGCUGAGUGGRCAGAGUCGGGGACGAAAAUSGAYUGGAAGUGUGUAGCCUGCGGCACGGUGGAUUUGGUGGUGAAGGGCUCCAAGUGUGCGGCAAUGGUGGACACCGGGGCCGAAAUGAACAUCAUUCGGGAGGCGGACGCAAUCAGAUUUGGGCUGGAUAUAUACCGUUCUAACUGCGGUAUUCUGCACGGAGCCAGCUGCAAAGCCGUUUUUUGUGGGACAGCCUCGAAUGUACUCAUCGAGGUUGGAAAGGUGAAGGCCCGGGCUUGCUUCUUCAUCAUGCCAGACGUGGAUCACGGAAUCCUCCUGGGGAGGUCAUUCCUAAGCAGGACGGAAACCGUGAUGUUCAACAAACAUGACGGGACUCUAAUCCUUCUCUUAUGCGAUCCUGCCUGUGGGAAUUACAAAAUAAUUACCUGCAGGAACACCGGGCCAAGGAGUAUAAGGAACCGGUCCAAUCCAGGAUCGUUCACGAUCGAGGAAUUGGAAGGAGAAUGCCGGAGGCUCCGGGCAGAGCCCGAAGCAGUAGAGAGGGUGGAAGCAUUUUCCCUCAGCCUGUCAGAUAUUGGGAAGGUCAUGGACUUGGUGGCCGCGCAUGAGAUGGCAGAUCUAGAUGCCAUCCAGUCUUUGAGGGAGCAAGUUCUGGAAUGCCCCUAGGCAGGAAGGUUGGAAUUGGUAUAUCGGUUCCCAGGCAGCGGAGGGAACCCCGCAUCAGCGCAAAUGCAAUC